AUGUCAGAUAUAAUAAUUAAUGAUUCGAAUAAUGGUAUUCGUGAAUCAUGGUCCGAACAACAUCUUAUACAAGCAAUAGUUUUACUUGAAGAUGCAUAUUCAUUUCGUUCAAUAGCUCAUAAAUUAUCUCCAUCGAAUAUAUUAAAACUUUAUAGAUUAUAUUGGUCAAAAUGGAUUCAACGUUUAUUAACAUUAAUUGUAUCAUGUCAAUUACUUCUUAUAUUUAUUCAAUAUCCAUCAUCAAUUAGUCGAACAUCUGAUUUAAGAAAACAAACAAAACGUUUAACAUUACCUUGUAUUAUACAAAUAAUUAUUGAAUUUUUAUGUUUAAUUAUUUUUUAUAUUGAUGCUAUUGUUCGAGUUUAUUUAAUUGGAUUACGAAAUGCUCGAAAAAGACCCUGGAUAAUAUCAUAUUUUAUUGUAACAACAAUAUCAAUGAUUGAUCUUAUUAUUUCAACUAAUUUAGGUUGUCAAAAAAAAACAAUUAAUAUUCGAUAUUUACUUCGACCUUUUUAUAUGGCUUUUAUAUCACAAGAAAUGAAAAAAAUUUUUAAUAGUUUACGAAAAUCAUUUUUACAAAUUCUUAGUGUAACACUUCUUCUUGCAAUUCAUAUUUAUUUUUUUUCUGUUAUUGGAAUGAUUUUAUUUCCACCGGCGAAGUCAAAAGAUCCAACAAGUGAUCGAAUGGAUGAAGGAACAAAAUAUUUUCCAGAUUUUCCUGAUGCAUUAAUUAAUUUAAUUGUUCUUUUAACAACUGCAAAUAAUCCAGAUGUAACAUUACCGGCUUAUUCAAAAAAUCGAUUAUAUAUUAUUUAUUUUGCUAUUUUUCUUACCAUUGGUCUUUAUUGUUUAAUGACAUUAUUUACUGUUAUUAAAAUGAAUACAUUUAAAGAAUUUUUUACAACAUCGAUGCAAAAUUCAUUAUUUCGUCGUCGUUUAGCAGUUCGUGCUUGUUUUGAUAUAUUACUUGAACGUGAAGUUGCUCCAUCACUACGAACAACAGAUGAUAUAACAAUUUCACUUACCACUCAUCAACCAUCUCGAUCAACAGCUCCUAUGUUAGUAGUAACACGUGUUAUAUCCGGUACAAAUUUACCUGAACUUCAUAAAAGUGCAUUACUUGAUAUAUUAACACGUAAUAAUCAACGAAAUAGUCAAGUUACAUGGGAUAUGUUUUCAACAGCUAUGUUAUCACUUGAUGCUGAUCAUCCAAAACAACCUGUUGAACAUCAUGAAUAUUCUGGUAUGUGGGCAGUAGUACAAUUAAUUGGUGUUUCAAAAUAUUUAACAUGGUUUGGAAAUGCAAUUGGUUUAAUUAAUUUUAUUAUUCUAGUUAUUGAAGGUGGUCUUCGAUAUCAUCCGAAAUUUUUUAUAAUUGAUAUUAUGUUAUCCAAUAUUUUAUUUGCAUUUUGUAUUUAUUAUUUUCUUGAAAUAAGUCUUAAACUUUGGUCACUUCGUCCAAAAAUCUUUUUUAAAUAUGUAUUCAAUGCAUUUGAUGCUAUUUUAGCUGUUUCUUUAUUUGUUCUUCAUAUAGUUCAUUGGUCAAUUUAUGGAACAUUAAGUAUUACACAAAUUGAAGUCGACAAUGAUGCUAGUGGAACAGCAAGUUCAAUUUGGGCAAUAACACGUAUUAUUAAUUUAUUUGUUGUUUUUCGAACAAUUCGUUCAAUGCCUCAUUUUACUAAUUAUGGAAUUAUUAUGGGAACAAUUAGUGAUGGAAUGAGAAAUUUAAAAGCAUUUAUUGGAAUUCUUAUUUGUUUAUUUUAUAUAUAUGCUGUAUUAGGUAUGUGGCUUUUUCAUGGAGUUAUUAAAGUACCGACAGAAUCUGAUAUAGUAAAUGCAACAUGUGGAUCAUAUCAACAAAGUAAUUAUUGGGCGAAUAAUUUUGAUGAUUUUUUUUCAACUGUGGUUAUUUUAUAUGAUGUUAUGUUAGUUAAUAAUUGGGGAGUAUUUUUAAAUGCUCUAAGAGAAUUUUCUACAAGAUGGAGUCAAUUAUAUCUUGUUAGUUGGUGGUUUUUAUCGAAUGUUUAUAUUUUAGCACUUGUACUUGGUUUUAUUGUUGAAUUAUUUUCAUUGAAUGUUACUCGUUUUGAAGAGAGUGGAUUUUCUCAAGAACAUAAUGGUUUAGCAAAUACAUAUUUUGUUAAAACACUUUUUCAUUUAUUUAAACGAAGUUUAAAAGAACCAUCCGAUGAAGAAAUAAAUCAAGGACUUGUCAAGUAUAAACAAUUAUAUGAUAAUAGACAAUGA